ACUUCUGACUUGAAUUCUCUGUUUUACUCGAAUUUGGUCUGCCAUUAACACCAUUCACCGAUGAUUCUAUCGCUUUCCACUCUUGUUCCCUUCGCUUUGCAGUCUCCCAUACUGGUCCGUAGUGCUCCUUGUAGAACUUCUGAAUUUGGAUCUCUUUAUCAUCGCAGAAUAACGCCUGCCACAGAUUCGUUGGAGCAUCGGGAUUCUUUUCAGGACCAGAAAACGGUGUGGUGCCCUCUGUAUUUGGUGGACGAGAAUACUCGAAAAGGCUUGAGGUUUCCAGGAGAUUAG